AGACGGAACCACUGGGAGGAUGUGAACCAGUGAUGUGAACCAGUCCCCGGCGAACAGCAGCCCACACACCAGCGUCUCCUCCGGGCCAACGCGCACCUCGGACCCGCCUCUCGGACUCACGGCCGCGGGCAGCUCGUCGGGUCUCCCCCCCCCAGCAGCGGAGCUUCUGUCUGCAAGCAGCCAUCUUUAGCGGGAGGAUGUCCGGGGCCCUCUCGGGCUCCAGCCGGGGCCGGAGCCGGGGCCCGGGCCGGGGCCGGAGCCUGCUGCUGACCGCCGGGCUCCUGCUCUCCCUCGCCGGGCUCCUGUCCGCGCUGCCCGGCUCCACCGAGGCCAAGGACUGCGACAAGCCGUGCGGGAACGGCCGGUGCAACGCGGCCAGCGGCGGCUGUGUGUGCUUCCCCGGCUGGGUGGGGGACCAGUGCCAGCACUGCGGAGGGAGAUUCAGGCUGACGGGGCCGAACGGAACUCUGAGUGACGGACAAGGAAACUACAAGUACAAGACCAAGUGCACGUGGCUCAUCGAGGGAAAGCCCAACACUGUACUGAGACUGAGGUUCAACCACUUUGCCACCGAGUGCAGCUGGGACCACCUGUACGUGUACGACGGAGACUCCAUCUACGCCCCCCUGCUCGCUGCCUUCAGUGGUCUCAUUGUCCCGGAGCGCUACGGGAACGAGACGGUUCCAGAGGUGGUGUCUCAGUCCGGCUUCGCCCUGCUGCACUUCUUCAGUGACGCUGCCUACAACCUCACCGGCUUCAACAUCUCCUACAGUGUGAAUUCCUGUCCCAACAACUGCUCGGGCCACGGCGAGUGUCGGGUGGGGAACUCCAGUUCUCCGGUGCUCUGCGAGUGUGAAGCCAACUGGAAGGGAGACGCCUGCGACGUCCCGUACUGCCUGGCCGACUGCGGCUCCCCCGAGCGCGGCCGCUGCCAGGACCAGGCCUGCGUCUGCAACCCGGGAUGGCAAGCUCCAGACUGCUCCGUCUCAGCUCCUGCAAACUCCUCCUUCUGGACCCGGGAGGAGUUCACCGAGGCUGGGCUGGCGAAGGCCGCCCACAAGGCCGUGGUGGACCAGGGCAUCAUGUGGGUCAUCGGGGGUUACGUCUUCAACGCCUCUGACUAUCACGUGGUCAAAGCGUACAACCUCAGCAGCAGGAGGUGGCUGAGCCUGGAACCCUCCGUGGACGCCGUCACGCCUCGAUACGGCCACUCGCUGGCUCUGCACGAGGGAAAGAUCUUCAUGUACGGAGGAAAGAUCGACUCCUCGGGAAACGUGUCCAGCCAGCUCUGGGUUUUCUACAUCCAGAACCAGACCUGGGUCCUCCUGACCCCCCGGGCCAAGGAGCAGUACGCUGUGGUGGGACACUCCGCCCACAUUGUGCCUCCCUCCCAGGAGGGGGGCGACCCCAUCAUGCUGGUUCUGUUCGGACACUGUCCUCUGUACGGUUACAUCAGCCAGGUCCAGGAGUACAACAUCGCCAAGAACACGUGGAGCAUGGUGUCCACGGACGGAGCGCUGGUCCAGGGCGGCUACGGCCACAGCAGCGUCUUCGACCCGGGCACCAGAGGCAUCUACAUCCACGGCGGCUACAAGGCCUUCAGCGCCACCAAGUACGGCUUGGCUGGAGACCUGUACAAGUUCGACGUAGACAAGAGGAAGUGGACGAUCCUGAGAGACAGCGGCUUCUUCCGGUACCUCCACACGGCCGUGAUCGUGAGCGGAGCGAUGCUGGUGUUCGGAGGAAACACACACAAUGACACGUCCAUGAGCCAUGGCGCCAAGUGCUUCUCCUCCGACUUCCUGGCCUACAGUCUGGCGUGUGAUGAGUGGACCGUGCUGCCUCGACCGGACCUCUACAACGACGUCAACCGCUUCGGCCACUCGGCGGUCUUCAGUGACAGUGUGAUGUAUGUGUUCGGCGGCUUCAACAGCCUGCUGCUCAGCGACGUGCUCAUGUACACCUCGCCCAGCUGCUCGGCCUUCCCCGGCCAGGCGGCCUGCAGCCAGGCCUGGCCGGGGAUCCACUGCGUGUGGAACGGCACCAUGGGGACCUGCCUCCCCUGGGAGAGCAGCGCCGGUGGACCCGAGCUCCAGCAGCUCCCGGCCUCCUGCAACACCAGAUCAUAUGUGGACAGCGAGAGGUGCGACCAGUACACGGACUGCUACAGCUGCACCGCCAACACCAACGGCUGCCAGUGGUGCUCCACCCAGUGCGUCUCCCUGGGAAGCAACUGCACCGCGGCCUCGGGGUCGAAAGGGGAGUUUGAUGAGUGUCCCCGGGACAAUCCCUCCUUCGUGUGCAACAAGAAAACCAGCUGCAAGAGCUGCGCUGUCGACCAGAACUGUCAGUGGGAUCCUCGCAACCAGGAGUGCAUCUCACUGCCAGAAAACGUGUGCGGUGAAACCUGGCAUCUGGUGGGCAACUCCUGUCUGAAGUUCAUCACGGCCAAGGACUCGUACGACAACGCCAAGCUGGCGUGCAGGAGCCACAACGCCGUGCUGGCCUCGCUCACCACGCAGAAGAAGGUGGACUUUGUGCUGAAGGAGCUGCAGAUCAUGAGCAUGGUGUAUAAGGCCUCGGUGACUCCGUGGGUGGGGCUGAGGAAAAUCAACGUGUCGUACUGGUGCUGGGAGGACAUGUCUCCCUUCACCAACACCACGCUGCAGUGGCUGCCCGGGGAGCCCAGCGACGCCGGCUUCUGUGGCUACCUGGCCGAGCCGGCGUCCAGCGGGCUGAAGGCUCAGACCUGCAUCAACCCGGUGAACGGCAGCAUGUGUGAACGACCAGCCAACCACAGUGCCAAGCAGUGCCGGACGCCGUGCGCCCUGAGGACCACGUGCAGCGAGUGCACCAGCAGCAGCAGCUCGGAGUGCAUGUGGUGCAGCAACAUGAAGCAGUGCGUGGACUCCAACGCCUACGUGGCCUCCUUCCCCUUCGGACAGUGCAUGGAGUGGUACACCAUGAGCUCCUGUCCACCGGAGAACUGCUCCGGGUACAGAACGUGUGGCCAGUGCCUGGACCAGCCCGGCUGUGGUUGGUGCACCGACCCCAGUAACACGGGCAAAGGCCAGUGCAUCGAGGGCUCGUACCGCGGACCCUUCCAGACGUCCGUCCCGGCGCCCUCCACGCUGCCCGGGCCGCUCACCAGCUCCCAGCCCGCCCUCAACGCCAGCAUGUGUCCCAGUGAGGACAAGUACAACUGGUCCUUCAUCCACUGCCCAGCUUGUCAGUGUAACGGUCACAGUCAGUGCCUGAACGAGAGCGUGUGUGAGAAGUGCGAGGACCUGACGAGCGGCCGUCACUGCGAGAGCUGCAUCUCCGGCUUCUACGGAGAUCCCACCAACGGGGGCAGCUGCCAGCCCUGCAAGUGUAACGGCCACGCCAGCAUGUGCAACCCCAACAACGGCAAGUGCUUCUGCACCACCAAGGGCAUCAAAGGGGAUCGCUGCCACCUGUGUGAAGUGGAGAACCGUUACCAAGGCAACCCCCUUAAAGGAACAUGCUACUACACGCUCCUCAUCGACUACCAGUUCACCUUCAGCCUGUCGCAGGAGGACGACCGCUACUACACCGCCAUCAACUUCGUGGCCACGCCUGAGGAGCCCAACCGGGAUCUGGACAUGUUCAUAAACGCCUCCAAGAACUUCAACCUGAACAUCACCUGGGCCACAAGCUUCAGUGCAGGAACUCAGACCGGCGAGGAGAUCCCCAUCAUCUCCCGGAGCAACAUCAAGGAGUUCAAAGACAGCUUCUCCAACGAGAACUUCGACUUCCGCAACAGCCCGAACAUCACGUUCUUCGUCUACGUGAGCAACUUCACCUGGCCCAUCAAGAUCCAGAUCGCCUUCUCCCAGCACAGUAACUUCAUGGACCUGGUGCAGUUCUUUGUCACAUUCUUCAGCUGCUUCCUGUCCCUGCUCCUGGUGGCCGCCGUGGUCUGGAAGAUCAAACAGAGCUGCUGGGCGUCACGGCGACGAGAGCAACUGCUGAGAGAGAUGCAGCAGAUGGCGAGCCGGCCCUUCGCCACCAUCAACGUCGCCUUGGAGACGGACGAGGAGCCGCCUGACCUGAUAGGAGGAAAUGUGAAGUCGGUUCCGAAGCCCAUCGCCCUGGAGCCGUGCUUCGGCAACAAAGCCGCCGUGCUCUCCAUCUUCGUGCGGUUACCCAGAGGCACCGGGGGCAUCCCCCCCCCAGGACAGUCUGGUCUGGCGGUGGCCAGUGCUCUGGUGGACGUGUCCCAGCAGCUGUGUGGAGGCUACAAGGAGAAGUCCGGAGGCCUGAGGAGCCGCAAGCAGCAGCCGACGGCACAACCGUCCACCUGCAUCUGACCGCCCCCCCGCCCUGCUCCACCACCACUCCCGGCCUGAUGCUCCUCCCAUUAGCCCCCCCCAGCCGCCGCGGCCCCCCCCUCCUGUAGAGACGUCUGCCAGCUCCGCUCUGGCAGGGACAAGUGCAUGCUGGGACACAGAGGACUGGGACAUCUUGGCGAGGGGGCGGAGUCACCCGGUGGACUGACACCUUGGGUGGGCUCUACCCCCCCCCUCCCCUCUCCUCCUCCUGCAGGAACUUUACA